AUUUAUCAGGUACUUAUAUCCGUUCGCUUCUCCACGAGUCACCCCCGGCUUCCUCCCAGUGACGUCAAACGUUAAUGAACGCUCUGUUGGAUUUUCGAUUCAAUACUCACAGUUUUACAAAAAUCUGGUAGGGUUGACGGGAUCAACUGGAGGGUCACCUGACUGAGAGAAUACACUCUGAUUGGAACGAAUACCGGCGAUUGAAAUUUGCUUGAAAACGUUUUACAAUACAUCACGACAACGAGCGGAUCGUAAUGGCUGAAAAGGGGACUGUGCAGGAGACUGCUGUCGUUGGUAGGUGGUAUUUCGGUGGGCUGGCAUCGGCUGGGGCUGCCUGCUGUACUCAUCCUCUUGAUCUACUGAAAGUACAUCUACAGACAGCGCAAACGAAGGGGGGAGGCAGUGCAACCAAAAUGGCUGUUACAAUUGUACGAACACAAGGCAUCAGAGCUCUGUAUAAUGGAAUUAGUGCCUCAAUUGGUAGGCAGAGAUAUGAUGUGCCAAUUAUUGGCGACUGUGCGAGUGGAGUUGCAUUCCAAGAUCAUUGUUUUAUUGGUGUCUUUGAGAAUAUUACAAGAAAUAUUCAAUGUUAUAAACAUGUAUUUGAUGGAGCAUUCCGAGUUUACAAAGAAGAGGGUUUUGUAAAACUCUUUCGGGGUGCUGAAAUGGCUACAUUUAGGGCAAUACUUAUGACUGUUGGACAGAUUGCAUUUUACGACCAAUCAAAACAAUUGUUGAUAUCAUGGGGUGUUAUAAAAGAUAAUAUGAUUGGACAUUUUACAGCGAGUACUAUUGCGGGUACAAUAGCGACAGCGUUGACACAACCAUUUGACGUUCUCAAAACAAGAUUAAUGAAUGCUAAACCAGGAGAAUUCAGGGGCAUUGGACACUGCAUUAUGGUGACAGCCAAGCUUGGACCAAUGGCUUUUUAUAAAGGAUUCGUACCAGCAUUUGUACGACUCGCUCCACACACCAUUCUCACGUUCAUCUUCUUUGAGCAGCUCAGAAAGAACUUUGGAUACACUGUUGUGCUCACAAGAAGAGAGGACUAAAAUCACUGAUUGAAAGUUAGUUCUCUAAAAGUGGAGUAAUCUGUUUGGUUUUUCAUUACAGUGCAUAGUGUAGGAAUUAUUUACAAAUAUAUUGCAUAGAACAGUAGAUGCGUACAAUUGACUACAAUGGAAAAAUCGUUUGAAGAUGGCGACACGGUUACUAGUCACCGAGGUGGAGGCAACACAAGAAUAUGUGGUUUGAUUUCAAUAUUACCAGAUCCAAGCCUUGGAUAGAUAGAUCAAAUUAGACUGGAAAAGUUCUCAGAACUGUGUAUUUAUAUGUACAAGGUGCAUCUAAUGUCAAGUGUAAAAUAUGUCUAAACUAAAUCAUGUGUCAAUUGGGAACUUUCAGUUCCUUCUAUAUAAAUUUGCUAACUAAUGAUGAAAUAACAGUUUAAUAAACUGAUUUAUUUUCUUAACAAGUGUAUAAUGCUUGUUUUGACACAGGCAUCAAUAAUGACACAGGCAUCAAUAAUGACACAGGCAUCAAUAAUGACACAGGCAUCAAUAAUGACACAACAAGAGCAAAUCAUUCAUUCAUGAACUCUACACAUAAACUACAUUAGUAUUUUCAAGGGUGUUGAUUGUCAUGCAGCGUAGGUGUAAGGUAUUGGGCCUCUUAUUAACAAUGAUGGCAAAUUUGAUUAUUUCACAGAUCAUUACUCAUAAAAAAAAAAGAGAUUGAAUCUAUCAACUUUUAACAUGAUAUUUCCUGGGGUGCUUGGAUUACAUUGGAGCCAGAUCCUG